AUGGCUUCGACUGAACCAGAGACCCAAAGUGCCACAGAUACAUCACGUGGCCCAGAUGCUGUGGCCGAGUCUCUAGAGGCUGUCAUGGAGCAGUCAAGUCUAGCGGGGCAGGAUGUAAGUGAAGAUACCAAGACAAAGAAACGGAAGUGCAGAGAGGAGGAUCUAGAAGACUUUCGGCACCGCUUGGGCAGCUUCAAACGGCCCUGGUGGUUUAACAAACCUUUGGCCUUCAGUGCCUUGGCGGCGGCACGCAGAGGUUGGCAAAACGUUGGUCCAGACCAACUCUCCUGUCCAGUCUGUUCGGCAGAAUUGACAAUCAAGUUUGAAGCCAAACGGUUGGAAGGCCAAUGGAUGGCAAACGGCCAGCCAAUGGCAGAUGCACCGGCUGGUAUUUCUCAUGAGAUUUUGGAGAAGGGUCAUAGUCCCUUCUGUCCAUGGCGAAGCGUGGAGGUGAAGAAUGAUCCUCAGUGGUACUCCGAUAAAGAGCUGGCUGCUGAUGUUGAGACGCGAAGUGCUGGUCUGUUAGCUAUGAAGCACCUCCCAGUCGUGCUUGAAGGUGGGCAGGAGGCAGCCAACCCUGCAGAUGCGCUUGCUUCAGCCGGUUGGGAGGCAGUUGGCACUGUAGAUGGAAGAGAUUUCUUCCGAUGUUCCAUCUGCCUCCGAACGCACAUCGUGCAGUCCUUUGCCCAUCGGGAAACAGAAGCUAAGGAGCCUGAAGAGAUUUCCGAUGGGGGAAGCUCGGCUAGGAAGAAGCGGCGAACAUGUCAACCUGUGGCGGGUCUUUGGACCCCACAGAUUCGAGUCAUAUCCCAACCUGAAUCCGAGCAAGCCGAGCAAGCCGAGCAAGAAGAACGCAUGACGUGGUUUGAUCCUCAUGCGUUCCAUCAUUACUACUGCCCUUUGUUCUGCCAUCCAGAGGAAGAAUUGGGCAUCGCAGCCGCUCGCAUGUUGAAAGCGCGGUCGACUGAUGGAUCUGAUGGCCCAAGCCCUGGGCCAGCGACAGCGGCUGAGAAGGCAGAGAGCCUGGUGAGGGACUUGCAUGUCAUCUUACCCGAGCGCAAAGACUAG